CCGGUGCCCUGGGCGAGGCUGCACGGCUGCUCCCCGUACGCGAUCCUGCGCGCCAGCGGAGGGAUGAGGCUCUCCCCAGCCUGAAGGUGGGUCCGAGGGGAGAUUCGCGGAGCUGGUCCGACAGGCAGGGGCGGGAACGCGUCUGCAGAGUGGCGGGGGGGCAGCAGGCACCUCGAGGGGACACCAGCCACUCACCGGAGCGGGAAGGACUGUGCGAUUGUGUGUGUUGGAGACCAGGGACACACCUGCGAGGGGCACAGAGCGAGGAGGCACCUGCGAGAGGCUCACAGAUGUGAAGACUGACUGUCUCAGCCGGAGGACACCGACGGCCCGCUCCCGCCGGCACCGAGACCCCUGCUUUGGCAGCGUCGGACGCACCCUCCGUGAACCGGGCCGCCCAGGGCCGAGAUCUAACCGAGGGGGCAGAUGGCUUCAGCAGGCCUGGAGCUCCUGGGCAUGACGCUGGCCGUGCUGGGCUGGCUGGGGACCCUGGUGUCCUGCGCCCUGCCCCUGUGGAAGGUGACCGCCUUCAUCGGCAACAGCAUCGUGGUGGCCCAGGUGAUGUGGGAGGGGCUGUGGAUGUCCUGCGUGGUGCAGAGCACCGGCCAGCUGCAGUGCAAGGUGUACGACUCGAUGCUGGCGCUGCCCCAGGACCUGCAGGCCGCCCGCGCCCUCUGCGUCGUCGCCCUCCUGCUCUCCCUGCUCGGCCUGCUGGUGGCCAUCACCGGAGCCCAGUGCACCACCUGCGUGGAGGACGAGGGCGCGAAAGCCCGGAUUGUGCUCACCGCCGGAGUCAUCCUCCUCCUCUCGGGCAUCCUGGUCCUCAUCCCCAUCUGCUGGACGGCCCACGCCAUCAUCCAGGACUUCUACAACCCCCUGGUGGCCGAGGCCCUCAAGCGGGAGCUGGGGGCCUCCCUCUACCUGGGCUGGGCGGCAGCCGCCCUGCUCAUGCUGGGCGGGGGCCUCCUCUGCUGCUCGUGCCCCCCGCCCCAGAUCGACCGGCCCCGGGGGCCCCGGCUGGGCUACUCCAUCCCCUCGCGCUCCGGCACCUCCGGGAUGGACAAGAGGGACUACGUGUGAGGCGUCUCCAGAGGCCCGCUGCUCGGAGCCUGGACUUUGUGCUGGAUGCCGUCUCCAAGCCCUGCCUUCUACCCUCACCCCUUCCCCAGAUGAAAGGAAAACCUGCCCUCUAGGAGUUCCAGCCGGGGUUGGCCGCUGGGCUAGUCUCAGGUGGCUUGGCUGAGCCCAGACCCUCCUCCAUGGGUCCCCACCUCCUGGCCCCCCAACCAGUUGCUUUCUUCUGCUUCCUGGACCUCGGUUGGCUCUCCUCCCCUUCCUGAGGCCUCCCCUGCCCCUGGGACCUGGGCCUCCCCCAAAGGGCAGUGCUCCCGGCUCAAACAAGGAGAGGAUUAUGCUCUGCAGGCCCUGGAGCCGGUCCCCUCCAGUCUGGCCACCACCUCCAUUCAGGGACCCAGGCCAGGCCCUCUGGGAGAAGCCAAUCUCCUCCAGGCCAGCAGGGCCCAGCCCUCUCCCUGCCCCCACCCCCACCCCCACCGGAUCCC